AAGAUCUCUCUUUAUCUACAAUAUAACUCUGGUCCGGUCAUCCUUUGCAAAAAGAAUUUCAGAAUGAGAAUGUGUCACAACAUCUCAAGCAUCCAUCUAUGACUUUCUUUUCUUUUACGCUCUCGACCAACCAAAUAUCCUUUCCUAAUUAUCUUCAUCUUACACCUUAGAAGCUUACACUGAGUAAAGUCCUUGCACAUCACUCCACCCCAAGAAAGCAAUUAACCAUUGCAGAGGUAAUUUCGGUUUGGUAGUAGGAAGCAAGUAGCAAGUGGUAAAAAUGUCAAUGCCAAUGUAUCAACAGCAAGAACAACCUCCUCCAAUGAAUGUGGCACAGCAAUCACAACACGAGUCUGUGGGUCCCGUGGUUGGAGUUAUGGUGGUUGUAAUUGUGUUGGGGGUAAUUGCGGUUAUGAUUGGAAGGCUCUGUUCAGGAAGAAGAAUAAUGGGUCAUGGCCAGUACGAUGUAGAAAGCUGGGCAGAGAGGAAAUGCUCCACUUGCAUCGAUGGCAGAAUUAACCUCUCAAUAGCCAGACCUGGUGAGUCAAGUACCUCGCUUCCUCCAACACCAAUCCACACCUCUCAAGAUACCAAGCAACCAGCAGACCAGCCUUCUCAGACCUCAACACCAAACCAUUGAAUUAUUUCUAUGUUGCUUUCUUAACCAUAUUUUGUUGUCCUGUUUUUGUUUCAAUUUUCAUCCUUUGUCCUAUUGCAUCAUCCUCAUCAACUAGUUAUCAAAAUUUAGUGUC